AUGGAAACAUUAGCUGGAGUGUUAAAUGCUCUCAUAAAUACUACAAUAAACAAGGAUAACGAAGAAAACUUAAUGAAUGUUAAACUUAUUGCAGGAGUUUUGAAGUUCAGUUAUGCGAAGGAGUUUAAGAUAACACGAAUGAGUCAUAGAGUUCAAUUGCUUCUGGGAGCAUAUCAUAUGACAUUUCCUUUGAAAAGUGUUGACAAAACGAUUGAGAUGAAAUCUGUUCCAUACGUAUGUUAUGGUAAUUGUUUGUACGUUGAGUCAAAAAUAGCUAAUGUCACAGGUAUUUCAGGAGUUAAUAGUAAAGGUUCAGUAGAAUAUAAGUCUUUCUGUUAUGAAGUAAAUUCAAUGUUUAUUCCAAACGUUCCUGUCAUAGCAACUCAUUUAGGUAAAUGGGUUCGCAUUAGUCCACAUAAUUUGAAAGACAUGCAAUUCAGACUUGUUGACUUUCAAGGAGAGCCUGUAGAACUGAAGGCACCAGUGCGAAUGACUGUUGAAGUUGACUUUUUAGAAAAUAUUAAAUGCAACAGCUUACAAGAGAACUCAGAGCUAAAAAUAUAA